AACUGCUAACUAUUCCUUUCCUCGCAAUUCACCGAAUUAAAUCAACUCUUUCGUCCCAAACUUUAAUAAUUCUUACAAAUUUUGCAAACUUCGGCCAUUUUAAUAACAUCACAAUACUUCUCUCGUUUUACUCUUCCACCGAACCUCAACCUCAACUACACACAUCAUCUCAUCUUGUAUAUUGAGCGAAGAUCGACCGAUUGUUUCGUCGAAUUUGCUGUUGGGGUUGGCUGAGAAAUACGGUCAGUCGAAGAAUUUAUCGGGGCGAUGGAUUCGAGUAGGCGAGCAGUGGAGUCGUAUUGGAGGUCUCGGAUGAUCGACGGCGCGACUGCUGAUGAAGACAAGGUCACUCCAGUUUACAAGUUGGAAGAGAUCUGUGAGCUUCUUCGGACGUCUCAUGCAGGUAUCGUUAAGGAAGUUUCGGAGUUCAUCCUCAAACGUCUUCAACACAAAUCCCCCAUUGUCAAACAAAAGGCUUUAAGGGUAAUUAAGUAUGCAAUCGGAAAGUCGGGUGCAGAGUUCAGAAGGGAGAUGCAAAGGAAUUCAAUGUCUAUACGCCCCUUAAUUCACUAUAAGGGCCAGCCAGAUCCUCUAAAGGGUGAUGCACUUAACAAGGCGGUGCGUGAAACAGCCCAGGAAGCAUUAUCAGCUUUAUUUUCUUCUUCAGAUGACAUAAAACCGGCGCCAAAAGAAAAUCUUGGUGGUCGAAUACAAGGCUUUGGUAAUACUAAUGCUGAAAUGCCAUCAGAAGAUAAUAAGUCAUUUAUUAGUGAGAUUGUUGGGAUUGGUAGUGCUACAAUAAAGCAGGGACUAAGCAGUUUAACACAAUCUCAAUCCAUGAAAAAGAAUGAUACUGGAAGUUACAGAGGUCCAAAUCUUCAGCGAUCAUUGACGAGGGAAAAAGAUCACUCAGAUCGAUAUGAAGGAAUAAAUCCUUAUAAUGAAUCACAGAAUAGUUCUGGGGUUUCAAGAAAUGCGAGUUCUCAAAGCUGGGGUCAGGAUCUUAAGACAUCUCAUGCAGAAACAACCAGUGAUGGUUUGGGAGUGAGGUCUGGUGAGAAGACUCGUGAGGAGAGGUUAUUAGAGACAAUUGCAACAUCAGGUGGUGUUCGCUUGCAGCCCACUAGGGAUGCUCUUCAGGUAUUCAUGGCAGAAGCUUCAAAGUUAGAUGCUUUGGCUAUGACUCAUGCCAUCGAAUCAAAGCUCCAGUCUCCAUCGUGGCAGGUCCGAGUGAAAGCCAUUUGUGUGCUUGAGGCAAUUUUGAGAAAAAAAGAUGAUGAACAUUUUGGUAUAAUAGCAUCUUAUUUUACAGAGAAUAAUGAUGUGGUGGUAAAAUGUUCUGAAUCCCCUCAAGCAUCUUUGAGAGAAAAGGCCAACAAGGUGUUGAGCAUUCUGGAUGUUCAACAGGCCCCUGUUCAAACUGUCCAAAGCAUGGCUCAUUCAGACAAACUAGCAAAAGCUGAGAUGGUUCAGAUGCCUGACUUAAUAGACACCGGUGACAGUGAUAACCUUUUCGGAACUGACGAUUCAGUACAAAUGCAGAGCAGUGAAAAUGUAUCAAGUACCUCAACCUCUACUGCUCCUCUGAUUGAUGAUUUAUUUGGAAUUGGCACAGAUGCGAACAGAAUCAGCGAACAGAAAGAUGACGAUGAUCCUUUUGCAGAUGUUUCUUUUCAUAACAACGAUGUCAAAGAGCAUGAAUCGGAUCUCUUCUCUGGGAUGACACUUGACAAAUCAGGAUCUGAUGAAGUUAUUCCUGCACAUAGUGGAAGUGGACCUGAAUUGUUGGACAUUUUUGGUUCCAUCUCUGAAAUUCCCAGAGAGGAAAGUAUUCCUAAAGGUGAUAUUCAUGACUUAAUGUGCGGUAUGUCCUUAACAGGAAAUGAUAAUAUUUUACCUAAAUCCAACCCUGAUCCCGUCCAUAAGGGUUCCAAUGAUGUCUUCAACAACAUGUCGCCUUCUCAAGUUUCCGGUUCAAGUUCUAUUCCAAUGUCUCCUUUGGGUGCUAUGACAUAUAAUAUGCCUCCUGGCUUCAUGCUGAAUAAUCCGUCAUUAGCCUCUCAGACUGGAUCCAUGGGCAAUCUUUUUGCCCAACAGCAAUUCCUUGCAGCCAUGUCCACUUUCCAGCAAAUGGGAAGCCUGCAGCAAGCUACUAGUGCUAACCCUGAUUCUGGUUCUGGUUCUUAUGGUGGUUACUCUUCCUCUGCACUUCCAGAUAUUUUCAAUGUCAGGAUUCCUACUCAAACUACGUCUAUCAUGAACAGUCAAAAGAAAGAGGAUACUAGAGCAUUUGAUUUUAUCUCAGAUCACCUGGCAGCUGCUCGUGACCCAAAAAGAGUGAUUUGAUUCUCUGAGCUCAAACAGUUGUUUGGGGACCUUUUAUGUAAUGGCAUUUGUUUGCACUUUCAGACAUUUUCUCGGACCUUGAAGACAAGUGCAGUCUGGCAAUUAGUGAAGUGGUAUCCCUGCCAGGAAAUUUCAUUUUAGUUCUUAAUAUCACUUCCUUUAGCUAUUCUAUUAGUAUAUAGCGUAAUGCCGGGAACUACUUUUAGUCUUCUUAAAUAUUUUUUUCUUUAUUGUUAUUUUUUUUGGCAUCACAGAAGUGUAAUAAUGAUCACUAUUAUAAACAGAAAGGAACUCCUCUGUGAUGCUUGUUGUAAUGGAAGAUGAGGACAAGCGAGUGAAGUUUGUGCAGAAAUUUAAUUGGUUUUAGCUAUGUAAUAAUUGUGUAGCUGAUUUGAUUCAAACUCUUGCUUUUCUUUCAUUCUCUGCCAGUCAUAAAACAUUUCCUUUUAUGAUUAUAUGAAUUGGGAAAAGGGUCCAUUUGUUGUGAACUUGUCGAAGGACAUAUACACUUGUCUUCUACUUGUUUUCAGUUCUC